UGGAGGGAUAAAAACUGGAGAGAGAUACGGUAAGAACAUGGAACUGAUUCGCUUUCAUCUUCUGAUUGGCUCUGCGACUUCUACGUCUCUCGCUUUUUGGCAAUCUUCUCUUUCUCCAGCUCAUUGCUUUCCGUUUUCUCUUUACAUACCAGCAGCUGGUGGUGAAGCAUCUGAAUAACUAUGGUGGUAUCACCUUAGCUUUCUCUCUCUAUAUAUCUCGUCUAGUUCGUAAAUUCUGCUGAAUCUUAGCGUCUAAGCAUAUUUUUGUACGGAACGGAGCGGUUUUACUUCAAUAGUUCAUCACUGUAAAGAAGGAUUUGCUCUAGAUUUGUAUGUUUUCGAUUCCAGAUUGAGCUGUGCGUUGGAGCAGGACCAAUGAGGGUGAAUAAAUCUACUGUUAAUCGCCUCAAUAUGGAGAUCCAAUCAAUGGUGUUUCUUGUGUUCGUUCUGAUCUGCACUCUGCAGAACACUCUCGGAUUGACAACUCCAACAGAUGUUUCUGCUAUGAACAAGUUAUAUGCUGCAUUUGGAUCACCUGUGCUUCCUGGGUGGGUUACUACUGCUGGAGACCCGUGUGAUGAGGCUUGGCAAGGAGUUCAAUGCAACAAUAGUUUUGUAAUUUCAAUAAAUCUUAAUGGUGCCAAUAUAGGUGGAGUGCUGAGUGAUAGCUUGGGUUCUUUUUCUUCUAUCAAAUCAAUUGAUUUGGGCAACAACCACAUCGGGGGAAGCAUUCCAACCACUCUUCCAAUUACCUUGGAGAGCUUUUCUCUUUCAUCCAAUCAGCUCAAUGGCAGUAUUCCGAGUUCAUUAUCCUCUCUCGUUCAGCUGUCAGCAUUGUCUCUAAAUGACAACCAACUAAGUGGGGAGUUACCUGAUGCUUUUGAAGGACUUGCAGUACUAGCCAAUCUAGAUUUCUCCAGCAAUAAUUUGAGUGGUCCUCUGCCACCAUCAAUGCAGAGCUUAUCAUCUUUAACGAAACUUAAUUUACAGAACAACCAGCUUUCUGGACCUCUGGAUGUUCUACAAGAUCUUCCUCUCCUUACACUGAAUGUAGAGAAUAACCUAUUCAGUGGACCAAUACCUGACAAAUUGUCCAGUAUUCCCAAUUUCAAAAAAGAUGGUAAUCUAUUCAAUACCACUGUACCAUCAUCUUCACCAACAUCCUCGACAAAACCUCCAACAGUAGGACCUUCACCACCAUUCUGGGGGUCACCAUCUGAUCGGACUCCUGGUAAACAAUCCCCCCCUGGAAAACAAGUCCCAGCAAAACAACCCCCUCCAAAACAGGCUGAGGGUCCAACUACAUCAAAGGGAUCAAAUUCCAAUAGCACCAAGAAAAGCGUAACUACCAAAAGGAUAGUUUGGAUAGCAAUUGGUAGUGCGUUGUCAUUUGUAAUUUUGGUAAUGGCAAUUUUACUUUUUGCACCAAGGUGUCGAAAGAGAAGACGCAACGAUGAGAGAUUCAAGCAACACGAAAUUGCUCCUUGUGUAGGAAGAAGAGACAAUCCUAGAGAUAACGGAACUGCCGUCCAAGAAAUCCAGCAUUCAGAGAAAGUUCCAACUCCAAAAGUUGAAGCGAUAAAGCCAAAAGAGGAAGACCAAACGGGCACAAGAAGAAUGAAUUGGAUCUCAAAAACGAGGAAUGAGGCAGAAACAAAUACACAAAGAAUGAGUGCAGUGCAAAAGUCUAAUCAUCACGAAAAUGACAUGAGCAGAUUUGAUAUUGAUUUAUUGGUUCCUCCACCCCCGCCGGUGCCACCUCCAAUUGAGAAGGUUGAUGAAAAGGGAAGGCUUGCCAAAUCUCUGAAACCCCCCAUGUUUAGUGUGAAGUCCUAUAGUAUUGCAUCUCUUCAGCUAUACACAAGCAGCUUUUCUCAGGACAAUCUUAUUGGAAGUGGUAUGCUAGGAAGUGUUUACAGGGGUGAGCUUCCAAGUGGAAAGUUGCUUGCUAUCAAGAAGCUGGAUAAAAGGGCAUUCAGUCUACAGAAGGAUUAUGAAUUUCUUGAUUUGGUCAACAAUAUUGAUAAAAUCCGUCACGCCAAUGUUGUUGAGCUCAUGGGGUACUGUGCGGAGCAUGGAGAGAGGUUACUCAUCUAUGAAUAUUGUGAGAGUGGGGCCCUACAAGAUGUUUUACACUCUGACGAUGAUGAAUUAAAGAAGGAACUAUCAUGGAAUGCCCGAAUCAGGAUGGCUUUGGGUGCUGCAAGAGCAUUAGAGUAUCUGCAUGAGGUCUGCGAGCCUCCUAUUAUUCACAGGAACUUCAAGUCUUCCAAUAUUCUUCUUGAUGAUGAGUUUGCCGUUCAUGUCUCUGAUUGUGGUUUAGCUCCUCUGAUAACUGCAGGUGCUGUGAGACAGUUGUCAGGACAACUUCUUUCAGCUUAUGGCUACGGUGCCCCGGAAUUUGAGACAGGGGUGUAUACAAUGAAGAGUGAUGUCUAUAGUUUUGGUGUUGUGAUGUUAGAGCUUCUAACUGGCAGAAAGUCAUAUGACAGGACUAGAAAUAGAGGGGAACAAUUCUUGGUGAGAUGGGCAUCCCAUCAGCUUCAUGAUAUCGACGCAUUGUCCAGAAUGGUUGAUCCUGCUUUAAAUGGAGUCUAUCCUGCUAAAUCACUUUCUCGAUUUGCUGAUAUUAUUUCUAGAUGUAUCCAAAGGGAGCCUGAGUUUCGACCGUUGAUGUCGGAAGUUGUUCAGGACAUCAUUCAAAUGAUAAGGAGGGAGUCUCCCAAUCGUGUUGGCGGCGAAGAGUAAGUAACCGAAGAAGAAAGGGAAUUCAGACGGGACAAACUGAGCUUUUUAUAAGUGAAAGUAAUAAUAAAGAUGCAAAAUUUGUUUAUGUGCAAAGAGAUUUUUAAAAAAGAAAAAAAAAGAUUGUCCUGUUGAAAGGUAUCAACUGCGGGAUGGUCUUUAGGGUAGUUAGUCCUCCCCGAUUCUUCUGGUUCAUAGCAUUGUUAUUAUUUUACUUGUGUUUAAUUCAUGGCUGCAAAACAGAAAUCCCAAUAGUUCUGUUCUUUAAGAUUUCAUUUUUAUUAUUUAAUGGUAAAUUUAUCUCCCUA